AUGGCAGAAGAGAACUACACGCAGAUCACGGAAUUCAUUUUCAUUGGCUUAGAGUGCCAACCUCGGCUUCAGGUCCUCCUUUUCCUGCUCUUUCUGUGUUUUUAUCUUGUUACCAUGACAGCAAACUUGGGCAUGAUAAUUCUCAUCCGCAUGGAUUCCCACCUCCACACGCCCAUGUACUUCUUUCUCAGCCACCUGUCCUCUGUGGACAUCUGCUUUUCAUCUGUGGUGAGUCCCAAGAUGCUCACCGACUUCUUCGCUGAAAGGAAAGCCAUCUCCUUCCUAGGCUGCGCCUUACAACAGUGGUUCUUUGGGUUCUUUGUGGCCAUUGAGUGUCUUCUGCUGGCGUCCAUGGCCUAUGACCGCUACGUGGCCAUCUGUAACCCACUCCUGUACUCAGUGACCAUGUCCCGGAGACUAUGUGCUCAGCUGGUGCUUGGACCCUACACAGCUGGUUUCCUGAACACCAUGAUUCACACAAUAGCUGCUUUUCGACUUCCCUUUUGUGGCUCCAACAUCAUCAACCAUUUCUACUGUGAUAUGUCUCCUCUUCUUUCUCUGGUGUGUGCUGACACUCGGAUCAAUACAUUGUUGGUUCUCAUUGUGGCCGGAACUAUACUUGCCACGAGCAGCCUGACCAUUGUCACCUCCUACUCUUUCAUCCUCACUGCCAUCCUGAGGAUCCGCUCUGCUGAUGGGAGGCGCAAAGCCUUCUCCACCUGCUCCUCCCACCUGACGGCCGUCUCCGUCUUCUAUGGGACUCUGUUCUUCAUCUAUGUGCGGCCCAGUGCCAUUUCUUCCCUGGACCUCAAUAAAGUGGUGUCUGUGUUCUACACCACAGUGAUCCCCAUGCUGAACCCUCUCAUCUACAGCCUGAGGAACAAGGAGGUGAAUGCUGCCUUGGGCAGGACCAUCAGCAAGAGCAAGUUCUUCAUCCAGAACAGACUAUAG